GCACUACUAUCCUUUAACAAGACUGAAAGAAGAAUUUGCUACGACCUCAGUACUUGUGGGAACAAUCCCUACUUGAGUUGAGCCACCAAAACUUUUAGUUUAAAAUGAAUAUUGGUGAACCAUGCGGGGGUUAGUGCACGAGAAAACCCUCCAAAGACCGAAAGCAUUGUUAGUAUAACAUCUGACUCGUGGUGGGCCAGAAUAGUAUGAUAAUAUUUUGUUUUAGUCCCUGAUCUCAUAGCCUCUUUCUCUAUUUUGACAGAAAAAAAAGUGUAGGGUUUAGUACUUGCAUGUGAAAUUCAAUUUACUGUCUCCUUUGUUGAUUUAGAGAGAAAGAGAGCGUGUGCGUGUGUAAAAGAACUUUUUAUCCACUCACAAGUUGCUCAGUCUUUAGAAUUUAGAUGAUGUUAUUAGUGCAAGUUGGCGUGUAAUGCAUGAAAAAGAACUUUGCUCUCAUCCGCAUUCAGACUUUUUGCAUAGUAGCAUUGAGGUUAAUGAAAGCACUAUUAUAGUGUCUCAAGUAUAAUGAUCGUAAAAGAUAUUCAGAACUGAAUAAUGAAUUUCUCAGUACAUUCCCGGUCUUGAUGACGGCAAGGCCAUGUAUCUAUACUUUGUCAAGGCUGAAUUAUCUACACCUUGUGGUCUGCCAUUUCGCACUGUGCUCACCAGCUACUACAAGAGUAAGCACUUCAAGUGCCGAACACGAGACCCAUUUAAUGACUUUACAAGCCCAGAUCAGGCUAUCUUGUGCAAUGAUAGCAACCAAAGCAUGUACUGCCAGUUGCUUGCUGGUCUAGUACAUCGUCACCAGGUUAUGAGAUUAGGGGCUGUAUUUGCAUCGGCUCUCCUCCGAGCCACAUCUUUUCUUGAGCGUAAGUGGGCUCAACUAUGCAAUGAUAUCCGCACCGGCCAUCUUGACCUGUCGAUAAUAGACCCUGCAUGCCGGUCAGCAAUGAUGUCUAUACUAUCAUCACCUAACCCCGAUCUGGCUGAUGAGAUUGAGAGCAUCUGUAGCCGUCCAUCUUGGAAAGGAAUCCUGUGUCACCUAUGGCCCAGGGCCAAAUACAUCGAGGCUGUAGUUACUGGCUCCAUGGCACAGUAUAUACCACCUCUCGAGUAUUACAGUGCAGGAAAGUUGCCUUUGGUUUGUACUAUGUAUGCUUCAUCCGAGUGUUACUUUGGUGUCAACUUGAAACCAAUAUGUGACCCUGCAGAAGUAGCAUUUACACUCUUGCCUAACAUGGGUUACUUUGAAUUUUUACCUUUGGGAGAAAAUGGAGCACUUGCCAUGGACAUAGAUGAAGAGGAGGCAGUGCCAAAUGACAGGCUUGUUGAUUUGGUGAAUGUUAAAUUUGGCAGCUAUUAUGAAUUGGUGGUUACUACUUUCUCUGGUCUCUAUAGAUAUCGAAUCGGAGAUGUGCUCCAGGUGACUGGAUUUCACAACCAAGCCCCACAAUUCCGAUUCAUAUGCAGGAGGAAUGUUGUGCUUAGCGUUGACAAUGACAAAACCAACGAGGAAGAUCUUCACAGAAGCAUCACCACAGCAAAGAAAUUGUUAGAACCCUACAACGCCUUGCUUGUGGAGUACACCAGCUAUGCCGAUACAUCCUCUGUCCCUGGACAUUACGUACUCUUCUGGGAAAUUCAAAUGGUAGACUCAGCCACCUCCAUUGAUGCUAAGCUGCUACAAGAAUGUUGUGUUACUGUGGAAGAAGAGCUCGAUUAUGUCUACAGGCAAUGCCGUAGCCAGGAAAAGACCAUAGGACCACUUGAGAUACGGGUUGUUGAGCCUGGGACAUUCGAGGCAUUGAUGGAUUUGUUCAUCAGCCAAGGGGGCUCAAUUAAUCAGUACAAAACACCAAGGUGCAUCAAGUCUAGUACUGCUCUUAAGUUGCUUAAUUCUCAUGCCUUGGCAUCAUUCUCUAGUCCUAGGGAUCCCAAAUGGGUUCCCUUGAAUGGCUAAUAAACGAAUCUUAACUUUGUUUUCUUUGGUUUAGUUUGUCCACUCAGUCUAGCUAGCUAAAUUAUUGCUAUAGUUUCUAGUGGGUUGUAUCACAAGCAAUCUGGUGACCCAGUUUAUCAGACUAUAGCUAUGAAUGUAAUCUUCAUCUUAUGUGCAAUUGACUAUUUCUGUUUUCUA